AUCCCCAGUUGGUUUCCGUUUAUCAGUUUCCCAGUUAAGAAAGGAACGCAUAUUGUCGGUCAAUGUUCCUCGGCUUCCCCAUCGAACACCAUCAUCCCUUCUGGCCCAUCCCUCGCACGUGCGACUUGCACUUGUCCUCACGUGUGUUCGCCACGCUCCUCGCUUACGAUCCUACCCGCCACGAUCCAGCCUCUUUGGCUAUAAAUGUCAGUCCCUGAUGGUUACCUUAGCAAUCGCUGGCAGUGCAGCAAGCAGAAUGGAAGAAUCCAUCGAUGUGGAGAAGCUCCGGUUGCAUUUCCUCCAAGUUCUCCGUAGCAGACGAUCCACUGAAGUUCCGCUUUCGGUGGAGCUUGCAAAACCUGUGGCUAACCCUCUGUAUCAAGAUGCUACCCCACCUCCAUUCAGUGAGGCGAUGGAGUGUUGCCCGAAGGCAGACAUUGAUGGGUUCAAGGACUUACUGAGAGAGGAAAAUCUGUACUUGAUUACCGAGGCAGGAGACCAAGGGCGCUUGCCUGUGUUGAUUUUAAGCAUGAAGGAAAGCAAUCCUCAAAGAAGGCCUGCUGUUGUUUUUCUUCAUAGUACACAUAAGUGCAAGGAGUGGUUGCGGCCAUUGCUUGAGGCAUAUGCUUCUCGAGGAUAUAUAGCCAUUGCCAUAGAUUCUCGAUACCAUGGUGAACGUGCCAGCAGUAAAACCACGUACCGAGAUGCUCUUAUUUCAUCAUGGAAAAAAGGUGAUUCAAUGCCGUUCAUAUUUGAUACGGUCUGGGACUUGAUAAAACUGGCAGAUUAUCUAACCCAGAGGGAGGAUAUAGACCCUGCAAGAAUAGGAAUCACUGGUGAAUCACUUGGAGGUAUGCAUGCAUGGUAUGGUGCUGUUGCUGACACUCGCUAUGCAGUGGUUGCUCCCAUAAUUGGUGUUCAGGGGUUUCGAUGGGCCAUUGAGAAUGAUAAGUGGCAUGGUCGUGUUGACAGUAUAAAGCCUGUUUUUGAGGAAGCACGGAUUGAUUUAGGCAAGAAUGAGAUCGACAAAGAAGUAGUGGAGAAGGUCUGGGAUAGGAUUGCUCCUGGUCUAGCAUCUCACUUUGAUUUACAUCACACCAUUCUGGCUAUUGCACCACGUCCUCUGCUGAUUGUCAAUGGUGCAGAAGAUCCUCGGUGUCCACUUCCUGGUCUGAAAAUUCCUGAAUCAAGAGCAUGCAAGGUCUAUGAAGAGGCCCAUUGUUUGGAUAAGUUUAAGUUGAUUGCACAACCUGGAAUUGGGCACCAAAUGACACCGCUUAUGGUAAAAGAAGCUUGUGAUUGGCUUGACAGGUUCCUCAAGCAAUAAACUGUAUUGUCGAAGUACUUCUGUUUGUUGUAUCUCAUAUUCCUCCUUCGACCUGUCUAGUACGUGUUUGGUUCAAAUGAUGUAUGCAUUAGAGACCUCGUGUUCAAAAGUCUUGUAUGGCAUCUGCCACUUAUAAAGUUUAGUUAUAAAGCUGCAUUUCUUUCAA